AUGAGGAGUUGGCUUCAAGGGCUUGCCCUUUUGGGGUUGUCAGUCGCGACAGUCGGAGCAUUAGAGUCUAAGAUAGACGAGAAAGAUGCGAAUCGACAAGUAUGCGCCGGCAUGUACAGCAAGAGUAGCUGGGGAGGAGCCGUCGAUCCUCAUAUCCUCGUAAAGUUCAUAAAGGAGGACAUACAAGAUGAUUCAGAUCCAAUAGCGAGUAUGGUCAUAUUCGAGUGGAAGGACUUUGACCUUAUUGGGGUGCCACUGAAUCCAGAUACGGAAACGAAACAAUUCAUUUGCGACGAUGUAGCCAUUCAAGGUCAAUACUGCAAUACCAACCAGACCGGAGAAUUUAUCUUGGCGCCAAAUAUAACAGAUGUCUCAAAAAGCCUCAUGGUGACCGAUGCGAUUCAUCUGAAAGACCCGGGAGCGCCAAUCAAUUACAGUGUCAAGAAGACUGGGUACUACUGUGUUGGAACGUCACAAUUCUUCCCAGAAGAUGUGAAAUACAAGGCGGUGGUUGAAUUCCGGAAUGCGUAUGGAGAAUUACCUGCUUCGGAAAUCGCCAAGCUUCCAUUUUAUGGAGGAAUUACCAUUGUAUAUGCUGUUAUUGGAGCAUUCUGGGCUUUCUUAUAUGUACAGCAUAGGUCUGAUAUAUUACCGGUCCAGAAUUACAUUACAGCAAUUAUCAUUUUUCUUAUAGUUGAAAUGCUGAUGACAUGGGGAUUUUAUGACUACCUUAACCGUGCUGGGUCCAAUGUCGGGUCGAAAGCUCUGAUGGUCAUUGUUGCGAUUCUAAAUGCUGGAAGAAACUCGUUCUCUUUCUUCCUUCUACUGAUUGUGUGCAUGGGCUAUGGUGUUGUAAAACACACUCUAGGGAAGACGAUGGUCUAUGUCCGAUGGCUAGCAGGUGCUCAUUUCAUUUUCGGAUUGAUUUAUGCCGUCGGUAGUCUAACGAUCUCUCCUGAGAAUGCUGGCCCGCUCGUUCUUUUCGUUAUCCUUCCACUAGCCGGCACAUUAACAGCAUUCUACGUCUGGACUCUAAACUCCUUGGGCGCAACGAUGAAGGAUCUCAAGGAACGAAAACAGACCGUCAAAGAGAUGAUGUACCGAAAACUCUGGUGGUGCAUUCUGGCCUCAAUUGGUGUCAUCUUCGGAUUCUUUUUCUUCAACUCUUUUACAUUCGCUUCUACUGGCGACCCAGACUUCGUCCCCUUCCACUGGCAAACUCGUUGGUUCAUUCUUGAUGGAUGGCUCAACUUGGUGUAUCUCGGAGAUGUCAUCUUUGUGGCUUAUAUCUGGAGACCAACGGCGAAUAACAGAAGAUUCGCUAUGAGUGAUGAAUUAGCACAAGAUGAUGAAGGAUUUGAGAUUGCGGAUUUCGGAGCCGAGGAUGAUGAAGAUGAUGAUAUUGAGAAUGCUGCAGCUCAUAAAGGAGACCGAAACCAAACAGGACAAGAAGGACCAAGAUAUGACCCAGCGCCUGGUAACAAAGCAAAAGCUCCAUCGGGCGCGAACACAGCUAGGGAUAUACCUCGUGAUAGCCUUGACGGGGAAACGAUUUUCGCAGUUGGUGAGGAUGGAGAUAGAUGGUCAGAUGAUGAGAGUGAUGAGGAAGAGAGGGGAAAACUUGUAGGAAAGAAGGCGAAAGAUUAA